AUGGCGCUCCCCAUCAAAUUCACAGAAGUGGUCAAUUUGACCAAUGUCGGCAUUGCGCCGGCAUCAAUUGGCUUCACUUCAUGCACCUUAGAAUCCGAUCACUACAUCUGUGUUCGCCAAAAGCUCGACGAGGACGAGAAGCCUCAAGUGAUCAUCGUUGACUUGAAGAACAACAAUGAGGUCAUGCGCCGGCCGAUUAACGCCGACAGCGCGAUCAUGCACUGGAACAAGAACAUUAUCGCUCUCAAGGCCCAAGGCCGCACAAUCCAGAUCUUCGACCUCGGUGCAAAGUCGAAACUCAAGUCUGCGGUGAUGAAUGAAGAUAUUGUGUACUGGAAGUGGUUUAGCGAGAAGUCCCUUGGUCUGGUUACCGAUACUGCCGUGUACCACUGGGAUGUCUACGAUGCCACCCAGCAGAACCCCGUGAAGGUGUUCGACCGACUCCCUAACCUGGCGGGUUGUCAAAUUAUCAACUACCGCGUCAACUCCGAGGAGAAGUGGAUGGUCGUUGUUGGUAUCAGUCAGCAACAGGGCCGCGUUGUGGGUUCCAUGCAGCUCUAUUCGAAGGAGCGGGGCAUUUCGCAAUUCAUUGAAGGUCACGCCGCUGCUUUCGCCUCCAUUAAUGUCGAGGGCUCUCCCCUACCCCACCACCUCUUUUCAUUCGCCGUUCGGACCCAGACCGGCGCAAAGCUGCAGAUCGCCGAGAUCGACCACCAAGAGCCCAACCCGCGAUUCCAGAAGAAGGCUGUGGAAGUUUACUUCCCCCAGGAGGCCGUCAAUGACUUCCCGGUUGCGAUGCAGGUGUCCACAAAAUACGAUAUCGUAUACUUAGUGACGAAGUAUGGCUUCAUCCACCUGUAUGAUCUCGAGAGUGGUACAUGUAUCUUCAUGAACCGUAUCUCGAGCGAAACCAUCUUCACAACUGCUCCCGACUCAGAGGGCGCUGGUAUUGUCGGAGUCAACCGCAAGGGUCAAGUUCUGUCUGUUAGCGUUGAUGAGAGCACUAUCAUCAACUAUCUGACUAGUAACCCGGCAAUGGCCGGCCUUGCUGUGAAGCUUGCUUCCCGGGCUGGCCUUCCUGGCGUGGACCACCUUUUCCAGACACAGUUCGAUAACUUUAUUGCUGCGGGUGACUACGCUGAGGCUGCCAAGGUUGCUGCCAACUCCCCUCGUGGAUUCCUCCGUACACCCGAGACCAUUACACGCUUCAAGAACGCACCCCAGACUGGUCAAAUGUCGGUAAUUCUCCAAUACUUCGGUAUGCUGCUUGAUAAGGGUGCUCUGAACCGUUACGAGAGUGUGGAGCUUGUUCGGCCCGUACUGCAGCAGAACCGGAAGCACUUACUGGAGAAGUGGAUGCGCGAGAACAAGCUGGAGUCUUCAGAAGAACUCGGAGACAUUAUUCGGCCGUAUGACAUGGCUCUGGCCUUGAAUGUGUAUCUCCAGGCCAACAUUCCUAAUAAGGUUGUUGCUGGCUUCGCCGAGACCGGUCAAUUUGAUAAGAUCCUCACUUACUCCAAGCAAGUGGGCUACCAGCCAGACUACACCCAGCUCCUCCAGCACAUCGUGCGGGUCAACCCUGACAAGGGUGCCGAGUUCGCUACUCAGCUUGCCAGUGAGGAGUCUGGUGCUCUUGUGGACCUCGACCGUGUUGUGGAUGUCUUCCUCUCUCAGAACAUGAUCCAACAGGCGACCUCUUUCCUCCUCGAUGCCCUGAAGGACAACAAGCCUGAGCAGGGUAACCUGCAGACCCGACUCCUGGAGAUGAACCUCGUCAACGCUCCUCAAGUCGCGGACGCCAUUCUUGGUAACGAGAUUUUCACCCACUAUGAUCACGCCCGUGUUGCCCAGCUUUGCGAGAAUGCGGGUCUUAUUCAGCGCGCCCUCGAGAACUCUGACGACCCUUCGGUUAUCAAGCGGAACAUUGUCCGCACUGACAAGCUGAGCCCUGAGUGGUUGAUGAACUACUUCGGUCGUUUGUCUGUUGAGCAGACCCUCGACUGCUUGGACACCAUGCUCGAGUCGAACAUUCGCCAGAACCUGCAGGCUGUGGUUCAAAUCGCCACCAAGUUCUCUGACCUCCUCGGUGCUAACCGCCUUAUCGAUCUCUUGGAGAAGUACCGCACUGCUGAGGGUCUCUACUACUACCUCGGAAGCAUUGUCAACCUCAGCGAGGACGCCGACGUGCACUUCAAGUACAUCGAGGCCGCCACUGCUAUGAACCAGCUCACCGAGGUCGAGCGUAUUUGUCGCGAGAGCAACUACUACAACCCGGAGAAGGUGAAGAACUUCCUGAAGGAGGCCCACUUGACUGAGCAGCUUCCGCUCAUUAUCGUCUGCGACCGUUUCAACUUCAUCCACGACUUGGUCCUUUACCUCUACCAAAACCAGCAGUUCAAGUCCAUCGAGGUGUACGUGCAGCGCGUCAACCCAUCCCGCGCCCCUGCUGUGGUUGGUGGUCUGCUGGAUGUCGAUUGCGAUGAAAGCAUUAUCAAAAACCUUCUCUCUACCGUGGACCCCUCUGUCAUCCCUAUCGAUGAGCUCGUUUCUGAGGUUGAGAGCCGCAACCGUCUCAAGCUGCUUCUGCCUUUCCUCGAGGCCACCCUUGCCACUGGCAGCCAGCAGCAGGCCGUUUACAACGCCCUUGCCAAGAUCUACAUCGAUAGCAACAACAACCCCGAGAAAUUCCUCCAGGAGAACGACCUCUACGACACCUUAAUUGUCGGAAAGUACUGUGAGAAGCGGGACCCCAACCUCGCAUACACUGCCUACCGCAAGGGCCAGAAUGACUUGGAGCUUAUCAGCAUCACCAAUGAGAACUCCAUGUACCGUGCCCAAGCCCGCUACCUCGUUGAGCGUGCAGACCCCGAGAUCUGGACCUUUGUCCUCAGCGAGAACAACAUCCACCGUCGCUCGCUUAUCGACCAGGUUGUUGCUACUGCCGUACCCGAGUCCACUGAGCCCGACAAGGUUUCUGUGGCUGUCAAGUGCUUCCUCGAGGCUGAUUUGCCUGGCGAGCUCAUUGAGCUGCUCGAGAAGAUUAUCCUGGAGCCCUCACCAUUCAAUGACAACACCAGCUUGCAGAACCUGUUGAUGCUGACUGCCGCCAAGGCUGACAAGGGCCGUUUGAUGGACUACAUCCACCAGCUGAACGAGUUCUCUGCUGAUGAAAUUGCGGAGAUGUGCAUCGGCGUUGGUCUGUAUGAAGAGGCCUUUGAGAUCUACAAGAAGGUCAACAACUACCUCGCUGCGGUCAACGUGCUCGUUGAGAACAUUGUCAGCAUUGACCGGGCUCAGGAAUUCGCAGAGCGCAUCGAGCUCCCCGACGUGUGGAGCAAGGUUGCCAAGGCUCAACUCGACGGUCUGCGUGUCUCGGACUCGAUUGAGUCGUACAUCCAUGCCAAUGACCCCUCCAACUACAGUGAAGUCAUUGAGACUGCCACCCACGCUGGUAAAGAUGAGGACCUUGUCAAGUUCCUCCGCAUGGCUCGCAAGACUCUUCGCGAGCCAGCCAUCGACACCGCUCUUGCUUUCUGUUUCGCCCGCCUCGAUCAGCUUGCAGAGCUUGAGGACUUCCUCCGAUCCACCAACGUUGCUGAUAUCGAGACCUCCGGUGACAAGGCUUACGAGGAGGGCUACCACCAGGCCGCCAAAAUUUUCUUCACCAGCAUUUCCAACUGGGCCAAGCUUGCAACCACCUUGGUUCACCUUGGAGAGUACCAGGCCGCUGUCGAGUGCGCUCGCAAGGCCAACAAUGUCAAGGUCUGGAAGCAGGUCAACGAGGCUUGCGUUGACAAGAAGGAGUUCCGCCUUGCCCAGAUCUGUGGUCUUAACCUCAUCGUCCACGCUGAGGAGCUGCAGGCCCUCGUCCGCCAGUACGAGCGUAACGGUUACUUUGAUGAGCUGAUCUCCGUCCUGGAGGCCGGUCUCGGCUUGGAGCGUGCCCACAUGGGUAUGUUCACCGAAUUGGGCAUCGCUCUGUCCAAGUACCACCCGGAUCGUGUGAUGGAGCACCUGAAGCUCUUCUGGUCUCGUAUCAACAUCCCCAAGAUGAUUCGUGCCUGCGAGGAGGCCAACUUGUGGCCCGAGCUUGUCUUCCUCUACUGCCACUACGAUGAGUGGGACAACGCCGCUCUGGCUAUGAUGGAGCGUGCUGCCGAUGCCUGGGAGCACCACUCUUUCAAGGACAUCGUCGUUAAGGUUGCCAACUUGGAAAUCUACUACCGUGCCCUGAACUUCUACCUGCAAGAGCAGCCUCUUCUCAUCACCGACCUGCUCCAGGUUCUUACCCCUCGUAUUGAUGUGAACCGUGUUGUACGCAUCUUCCAGAGCUCAGAUAACAUUCCCCUCAUCAAACCCUUCCUCUUGAACGUUCAGAGCCAGAACAAGCGGGCUGUGAACGACGCCAUUAACGAGCUUCUGAUCGAGGAGGAGGACUACAAGACUCUUCGCGACUCGGUGGAUAACAACGACAACUUCGAUGCCGUGGACCUCGCCCAGCGUCUGGAGAAGCACGACCUGAUCUUCUUCCGCCAGAUUGCCGCCAAUAUCUACCGCAAUAACAAGCGCUGGGAGAAGUCAAUUGCCCUGUCCAAGCAGGACAAGCUCUACAAGGAUGCCAUCGAGACUGCUGCCAUCUCUGCCAAGUCGGAGGUUGUUGAGGAAUUGCUUCGCUACUUUGUGGACAUUGGCAGCCGUGAGUGCUACGUGGGUAUGCUGUAUGCCUGCUACGACCUCAUCCGCCCCGACGUUAUCAUGGAGAUCUCAUGGCGCAAGGGUCUGCACGACUUUACCAUGCCCUACAUGAUUAACUUCCUCUGCGAGCAGACCCGCGCCAUCGAUAUGCUCAAGAAGGACAACGAGGAGCGCAAGUCUCGGGAGAAGACACACAAGACCGAAGAGGACAACACACCCAUCCUCGGCGGUUCUCGACUCAUGCUGACCCAGGGCCCAAGCCCAUCCGCCAACCCCAUGCCAUAUGGGCAGGCGAACGGGCUCAACCCCCAGGUCACAGGUUACCGCGCGUUUUAG